UGUGUGUUUAGGGCGGCUCAGGUAACAGACGCUUCACUUCCUCUGCGUUCGUGGAAGAGACAGCAGGAUGGGAGCCUGAGCCUGUGCUGAGGAUGGAGAAGAAAGUGUGUGUGAUCCAGACUGACUUCCACCAGUACCGGCCCAUCAUCAUCCACAGUCAACACGUCCAUCCACAGGCAGGGAUGAGGGAUCGAGAGGAGCUGAAGAAAGCCAUCGAGCAGACGGAUCGCCUGCUGUCCCGCGUCCGGCAGCUGGAGGGGGAAAACUCCGAGCUGUGCAGGGAGAAACAUGACGUUUUCCUCCAGAUGCGUGCUGAUCAGGAGAGCCUCCAUCAGGCCGAGCAGCGCUGCGUUCAGCUGGAGGCGCAGGUGGCCGGACUGGAGGAGCGUCUGGAGCAGGAGGAGGGUGCCGCCGCUCAGCUGUCCUCCCAGCGUCACCGGCUCGAGGCCGAGUGCUGCAGUCUGCGCCGAGACCUCGAGGAGCUGGAGAACACCCUGACUUCAGUGGAGAAGGACAAGCAGUCCUCAGACUCUGCAGUGAGGAAGCUCUCUGAAGAUCUCACCCAGAAGAACGAGCUGGUUCACAAACUGCAGAAAGAAAAGGAGCACCUGGUGGAGUUGAGCCAGCAGGCCAUCGAGGACUUACAGUGCGAGGAGGAGAAGGUGAACCUCCUGACCAAAGAGAAAGCCAAGCUGAAGCUGCAGGCGGAGGAUCUGGAGUAUCUGUUGGAGCAGGAGAGGAAACAGAGGACGGAUUUGGAGAAGAGCAGGCGGAGGCUGGAGGGAGACGGGAGGAACACUAUGGACAACCUGACAGAGAUGGGAAAGAUGAGGGCCAGCCUGGAGGAGAUGAUCAAGAGGAAAGAUGUGGAGAUAAGCAGCACCAGCAGCCGGCUGGAGGCCGAGGAGGCGCUGAACACAGGCCUGCAGAGGAAGAAUAAGGAGCUCCAGGUCCGCAUUGAGGAGCUGGAGGAAGAGCUGGAGGCUGAGAGAGCCUUACGAGCAAAGGUGGAGAAGCAGCGUGCUGAUUUGAGCCGUGAACUGGACGACCUGACGGACAAACUGGAGGAAGCAGGAGGAGCCACGGCCUCUCAGAUGGAGAUGAAUAAGAAGCGCGAGCUGGAGCUGCAGCGUCUGCGGCGGGAGCUGGAGGAGUCGUCGGUGCAGGCGGAGGCAGUGGCCGCAGCGCUGAGGAAGCGUCACAGUGAUGCUCUGUCCGAGCUGGGAGAACAGUGCGAGAGCCUGCAGAGAACCAGAGCCAAACUGGAGAAAGAGAAACAGAGUCUGAGGCUGGAGGUGGACGAUCUGGCGGCUUCGCUGGACACGCUGCAGAAAGCCAAGGCAUCGACUGACACUCAGAUGAGAAAACUAGAGGAGCUGCUCUGUGACGCCAACACUAGGAAUGAAGACCUGCAGAAAACUGUGAACGAGGUUACAGCAGCCAAGAACAGACUCACAGCUGAAAACAACGAGCUGACGAGGCAGAUGGAGGAGAUGGAGAACAAGGGCAGCCACCUGAGCCGAUCGAAAGCCCUGCUGAUAUCCCAACAUGAGGAGCUCAAGAAACAGUUUGAUGAGGAGGUCAAGGCUAAAGCGCUGCUGGGAAGCAGUCUGUCUGCGCUGCGGCAGGAGAGCGACACGCUGAAGGAGCAGCUGGAGGAGGAGCAGGAGAGCAAACAGGAGCUGCAGCGCCUCGUCUCCAAACUCAACAGUGACGUCACGCACUGGAGGAGCCGCCAGGAGGCUGAUGCCAUCCAGCACAGCGACGAGCUGGAAGAAGCCAAGAAGAAGCUGUUGGCUCGUCUGCAGGAGGCCGAGGAGGCGGCGGAGGCCACACAGGCCAAGUGCUCCAGUCUGGAGAAAACCAAGCAGAGACUACAGGGAGAGGUGGAGGAGCUGUGUGUGGAUCUGGAGAAGGCGAACAAUGUGGCUGCAGUGCUGGAUAAGAAGCAGCGGAUGCUGGACAAGCAGCUGAGCGACUGGAGGCAGAAGUGUGAGGAGCUGCUGUCGGAGGUGGAGAGCUGUCAGAAGGAGAGCAGACAACACGCCGCGGAGCUCUUCAAGCUCAAAACCACCUACGAGGAGUCCGUGGAGCAGAGCGAGGCUCUCCGCAGGGAAAACAAGGCCUUACAGGAGGAGAUCGCCGAUCUUACCGACCAGCUGUCAGAUGGAGGGAAGAGUGUCCAUGAGCUUCAGAAAAUGAAGAAGAAAAUCGAAAUGGAGAAAGAAGAGCUGCAGGCAUCGCUGGAGGAGUCAGAGGCAGCGUUAGAGGCCGAGGAGACGAAGGUUCUGCGUCUUCAGCUGGAAGUGUCUCAGGCUAAAGCAGACAUGGAGCGCAGACUGCAGGAGAAAGAAGAGGAGUUUGAGGCCACCAGGAAGAGCCACCAGAGGGCGCUGGAGUCUCUGCAGGCCAGUCUGGAUGUGGAGGUGAAGGCGCGCACGGAGGCGGCCCGGCUCAAGAAGAAAGUGGAGAGUGAUGUGAAUGAGCUGGAGGUGCAGGUGGACCAGCUGAACAAGAACAACACAGAGCUGAUGAAGAGCGUGAAGAAGCUGCAGCAGCAGAUCAAGGAGCUCCAGGCUCAGCUGGAGGAGGAGGCGCGCGUGCAGGAGGAGCUGAGGGAGGAGCAGACGCUGCUGGAGCGCCGCUGCACUCUGCUGGUCACCGAGGGCGAGGAGAGCCGCGCUGCGCUGGAGGCGGCUGAGAGACUGCGCAAGAGCCUGGAGACAGAGCUGCACGAGACCACAGAGAAAUACAACACCCUCGACAGCCAGAUGCAGACUGUGUCCAGCGGGAAGCGGAAGCUGGAAGUGGACGUUCAGCAGAUGACGCAGGAGCACGAGGAGCUGCAGGCCGAACUCAGAUCAGCCAACGACAAGGCCAAGAAGUCUGCAUGUGAGACGGCCCGUGUGCUGGAGGAGCUGCGUGUGGAGCAGGAGCACAUCAUGCAUCUGGAGCGCGUCAAGAAGAGCCUGGAGCUCCAGAUGAAGGACAUGAGCGGCAGACUGGAGGAAGCUGAGCAGAUGGCCAUGAAGGGAGGGAAGAAGAUCAUUCAGAAGCUGGAGGGACGGGUGAAGGAGCUGGAGCUGGAGCUGGACAGCGAGCAGAAGAGACACGCUGAGACGGUGAAGAGUCUGCGCAAGAACGAGCGGCGUCUGAAGGAGCUUCUCUUCCAGUCCGAGGAGGACCAGAAGAACCAGCACCGCAUGCAGGAGCUGGUGGAGAGACUCCAGAUGAAGAUGAAAGCCUACAAGAGACAAGUGGAGGAGGCGGAGGAGCAGGCGAAUGUGAAUCUGACCAAGUACAGGAAGACGGUUCAUGAGCUGGACGAUGCAGAAGAGCGGGCAGACAUCGCCGAGUCUGCGCUCACCAAGAUCAGGACCAAGAACAGAGGCAGCUUCGGCAAAGGCUACUCAUCAGGUUACAGCACUCCCUACCCCGGCCUGGUGAGGUCGCCCAGCUCUGUGGGGUCAGAGGGCAGAGGUGAGAAGGUCACUGAUGAGGACGAGUCCAUCAGCUCUCUCAUUCCCACAUACUUGAAUUCAAUCAAGAAACUCAUGAUCGAUUAGAAUCAAGAGUUUUUUUUUUUUUGUCUUCUGCAAUCAUAAUUUUUGUCUCAAAAAAAUAACUGUACACAUAUAAAUCUUUGGAUUACAACAAAUAUCUAUGUUCAGUAUUAUAUUUGGCUAUCAUCAGCAUGACUUUCAUUUUGUACUGUAAUUAAGUUUAUUUCGUAUUCAUUUUUUUUUUUUUUUUGGAAUAGUUCACCCAAAAAUGAAUGCAUUCAGGCCAUGCAUCUGAUUUGGAUAAAUGUAGCAUUGCAUCACUUUUCACCAAUGGAUCCUCUGCAGUGAAUGGGUGCCGUCAGAAUAAGAGUCCAAACAGCUGAUAAAAUCCUUAUAAAAGCUUUGUAUUUGUAAGAAAAAAAUCUAUCAAGAUGUUUUUAAAUAAAUUUUAAGCCCAUAAUACAUAAUAAUGCUUCCUCCAAUGAAAAUCUUCUGUUGUCCCUCACAUCAAAUUCCACCCACAUAAUUGGUUCAGAUCAGACAACUUUUUUAACUGGUGGACUGGAGUUGUCUGGAUUACUGUGUUACAAUGUUUUAAUCAGUUGUUUGGACUCUCAUUCUGAUGGCACCCAUUCACUGCAGUGGAUCCAUUGGUGAGCAAGUGAUCCACUGCUACAUUUCUCCAAAUCUGAUGAAGAAACAAACUCAUCUACAUCUCGAAUGGCCUAGAGGUGAGCACAUUUCUGACAUAUUCCUUUUAAAGGAGGACAGCAUUAGUAAUACAUAGUCAAUAGGACAAAUACGUAUCUGUUAUGAAGUACACAUUCACUCUGAAAUGAAAUCAUGAUUCAGUAUUCUGAAAAAAUUAGAAAUGCAUUGAAUGGACAUUCAUUCCAUAUAUAAUAUUCCCUUGCUCAGUAGUGUCAUGUUUGCAUUAAUUUUGUAUUUAUUGAUGAAAGCUACAUAAAUAGUGCAAACAAAUGAAUCCUAUUUAGUUAAACAUUACAUUUAAUGUAAUUUAUAUUACAGAAAACAUAAUAAAUGGAUGAUAUUCAGCAGUUAUUCUUCAUUUACAUCGUUGUAUAACAGGAAGAGAAUGAAUUAUUUGCACAUCAGUAAUGCAGAUGCGUUAAAUGCAUAAGCUGGUACUGUCAGAAAACAAACAAUCAAAUCCAGUUUAAACAUCUUGAUGAUCUUUUAGCAAAAGUGUUAAUUGAUUUCAUAUAAAAAAAUAAGCAUUGUGCAGAAUAAUUUACAUAUAUUAUUUGUAGCUCUCUCACUAUAGAGUAAAUGGUUUGGGGAAACAAUGUAUUGAAUUUGAUCAAAAGACAAGAAAAUAAAACAUCUUACACACG